GACAUAUUGCAAUUUAGUCGACAAAAAUAGUUUAGAGUAGAAAGAUCAUAACAUAGUAGAAGUGCUCAACAGAAUGCUCAGGUCAAGACCCCUUGAUACAGAAACUGCCAAAAAGCGACAAUUAUUUCAAAUGAAACAAUUUGCCACCGAAGGUUUGAAUAUACCCCUUAAGAAAAACUGGUCCGAAUCUUGGUGUACAUUGUCGCAAGAGUUUGAUAAGGUACUGGUGGAAUUAUUGGAUAUGGAGAUAAGGCAUGAAGAUGUUUUCAUAAUCACCUUUAUAAAAUGUGGCACCACUUGGAUGCAAGAGGCUGUAUGGCUGCUACUGAACAAUUUGGAUUUUGAGAAAAGCAAAAAUGUGCAUAUAUGGGAUAGAAGUCCAUUUUUGGAUAAUCAUGGCUUCAAUGUAACCGCCCCCAACGCCAUUAAGUUGUGUAAGACGCUAUCCAGCCCACGAGUGAUAAAAACCCAUAUGCCCCCAAAUUUAUUGCCGCCUCAACUAUGGAAAAACAAAACAAAGAUCAUUUAUGUGGCCCGCAAUUGUAAAGAUGUGGUCAUAUCUUCAUAUCAUUUUACAAAAAAACUUGGCUCGUGGCGUGGCAGUAGUCUAGAGGAAUUCGCACAGGAUUUUAUGAAUAACGAAGUGAUGUAUACCAGUUUUUGGUCCCAUGUGGUGGACUAUUGGAAGAUGCGUCAGGAGCCUUUUGUAUUCUUUACCACCUAUGAAGAAAUGCAAAGAGAUUUGCCAGCAGUCAUAAGGGAGCUAUGCCAAUUUUUGGGAAGACCUCAGCUGACAAAUUUGGAAAUGGAAAAUAUAAAAAUUCAUUUAUCCUUUGAUAAAAUGAAGGAAAAUAGACAAACCAAUAUCACCUUUUUGAUGAGAGAACAAGUACCCACCAUAAGUGAAGAUUUUCAAUUCAUGCGUCGUGGCAUAGUGGGUUCGUAUAGAGACGAAAUGUCCCCCGCAUUACAGGCACAAAUUGAUAACUGGUCUAGAAAAUAUUUGGCACUACAUGGUCUCACCGAAGAAGAUAUAUUUGGAAAGUUAUGAAAAAAUGUUUAAAAUAUAAAUAUACUCAUUUUACUUAUAAAAUUUCCCCAAUAAGGUGAAUAUUUUAAAAAAAAAUGGAAAUUGCAAGCAAAAUAAAAUAUUUAAAAGUGAACAAGUAA